AUGGCCGUGUACAUCCGCCUCGAUGACGCCGUCCGCGCGCGCCUCCGCGGGGACGCCACGGGGUGCACCAGCAGCGGCAGAGACCACGACGCGUCCGCCUGCCUCUCGGGGCUCGUCCAGGCGUUCCUCGAGACGGGCGCCGGCGCGGCCGAGGAAGGCGGGCCCGGCCCGGCGCCCAAGGAGUUCGACUCUGACGAGGACGACGGGCCCGGGCGGGCGGCCGCUGCCGCGGCGUCCAUGAGGGCGCUGCUCGACCCUCCAGCGGAGGAGGACGUGUUCCGGAUCAGGCUGGCCGCCGCGGUGGCGGCCGCCAUGGAGGCGGAAACGGCUCUCCAGGCGCACGGGGCUGCGUUCCGGCGGGCGGUGGUGCGGCGGCUGCGCGGCUCCGGGUACGACGCCGGCGUGUGCAGGUCGCGGUGGGAGGCGUCCGGCGGCAUCACGGCCGGGACGUACGAGUACGUCGACGUGGUCGCGCCUCCGUCGGCCUCGGCCGACGCGCGGAAGCGGGCCAGGUACAUUGUGGACGCCGACUUCCGUGCGGGGCUGGAGGUGGCCCGCGCCACGCCCGAAUACGCAGCCGUCGUCGCCGAGGUGCCGGCGUCGGCGGUGGUCGCGCGGGAGGAGUCCGUCGGCCGCGCCGUGCGCGUCGCGUCCGACGCCGCGCGCCGGUCGCUCCGUGCCCACGGCCUCCACGUCCCGCCCUGGCGCAAGACACGGUACAUGCUCGCCAAGUGGCUCGGCCCCUACAAGCGCUCCACCGCCACCUCGCCGGCGGCGGCGGCUGCCGGAGGAAUGCCGAUGCCCGGCGGUGCCGGGAUGGACGUCAAGUGCCGCUCUGUCGGGUUCUUUGCGCCUCCGGCCACCGCGCCGGCGGCCAGGAUCAAGUAG